CCACCCCCGACACACCGUCCCAGUCCGCCCCUCACGAGGGGGACUCCUGUCCGCUGCCUCCCUCGGCCGCGCCGCCCCGCGGCGGCAGCCGGCGGGACCCCCGGCCGGCAGGGAGCGCCGGCGGCGGCCGCGGCACCAUGAGGCGACUGCGGGGCGCGCUGCUGCUGCUGCUGCUUGGCGCCCUGCUCUGCGCGCACGGCCUGGCCAGCAGCUCCGAGUGUGCCUGUGGUCGGAGUCACUUCACAUGUGCCGUGAGUGCCCUUGGUGAAUGUACCUGCAUCCCCGCCCAGUGGCAGUGCGAUGGGGACAACGACUGUGGGGACCACAGCGAUGAGGAUGGAUGUAUGCUGCCCACCUGUUCACCCCUUGACUUUCACUGUGACAACGGCAAGUGCAUCCGCCGCUCCUGGGUGUGUGACGGCGACAAUGACUGUGAGGACGACUCAGAUGAGCAGGACUGCCCUCCCCGGGAGUGCGAGGAGGAUGAGUUCCCUUGCCAGAACGGCUACUGCAUCCGGAGCCUGUGGCACUGCGACGGGGAUAAUGACUGCGGUGACAACAGUGAUGAGCAGUGCGACAUGCGCAAGUGCUCGGACAAGGAAUUCCGCUGCAGCGACGGCAGUUGCAUAGCGGAGCACUGGUACUGUGAUGGCGAUACAGACUGCAAAGAUGGCUCUGACGAGGAGAACUGUCCUUCGGCAGUGCCAGCGCCCCCCUGUAACCUGGAGGAGUUCCAGUGCGCCUACGGCCGCUGUAUCCUGGACAUCUAUCACUGUGAUGGUGAUGACGACUGUGGAGACUGGUCAGACGAGUCCGACUGCUCCUCCCACCAGCCCUGCCGCUCUGGGGAGUUCAUGUGUGACAGUGGCCUCUGCAUCAACGCGGGCUGGCGCUGCGACGGGGAUGCAGACUGCGACGACCAGUCUGACGAGCGCAACUGCACUACCGCGAUGUGUUCUGCGGAGCAGUUCCGCUGCCGCUCAGGCCGCUGCGUCCGCCUGUCCUGGCGCUGUGAUGGCGAGGUCGACUGUGCCGACAACAGUGAUGAAGAGAACUGUGAGAACACAGGAAGCCCCCAGUGUGCCUCCGACCAGUUCCUGUGUUGGAAUGGGCGCUGCAUCGGGCAGAGGAAACUGUGCAACGGGGUCAAUGACUGUGGGGACAACAGUGAUGAAAGCCCACAGCAGAACUGCCGGCCCCGGACGGGUGAGGAGAACUGCAGUGUUCACAACGGCGGCUGCGCCCAGAAGUGCCAGAUGGUGCGGGGAACGGUGCAGUGUACCUGCCACACAGGCUACAGGCUCAUGGAGGAUGGGCGCACGUGCCAGGAUGUGAAUGAAUGUGCUGAAGAGGGAUACUGCAGCCAGGGCUGCACCAACAGUGAAGGAGCCUUCCAGUGCUGGUGUGAGGCAGGCUACGAACUCCGGCCCGACCGGCGCAGCUGCAAGGCUCUGGGGCCGGAGCCUGUGCUGCUGUUUGCCAAUCGCAUUGACAUCCGGCAGGUACUGCCGCACCGCUCCGAAUACACCCUGCUGCUCAACAACCUGGAGAACGCCAUCGCUCUGGACUUCCAUCACCGGCGGGAGCUGGUCUUCUGGUCAGAUGUCACCCUGGACCGGAUCCUCCGUGCCAACCUAAACGGCAGCAAUGUGGAGGAGGUUGUGUCUACGGGGCUGGAGAGCCCAGGGGGCCUGGCUGUGGAUUGGGUUCAUGACAAACUCUAUUGGACCGACUCGGGGACGUCGAGGAUUGAGGUGGCCAACCUGGAUGGGGCACACAGGAAGGUGUUGCUGUGGCAGAACCUGGAGAAGCCCCGGGCCAUUGCUUUACACCCCAUGGAGGGUACCAUUUACUGGACAGACUGGGGCAACACCCCUCGCAUCGAGGCCUCCAGCAUGGACGGUUCUGGACGCCGCAUCAUCGCUGACACCCAUCUCUUCUGGCCCAACGGCCUCACCAUCGACUAUGCGGGGCGCCGGAUGUACUGGGUGGACGCUAAGCACCAUGUCAUUGAAAGGGCCAACCUGGAUGGGAGUCACCGCAAGGCUGUCAUCAGUCAAGGCCUCCCACAUCCCUUCGCCAUCACGGUGUUUGAAGACAGCCUGUACUGGACAGACUGGCACACCAAGAGCAUCAAUAGUGCUAACAAAUUUACUGGGAAGAAUCAGGAAAUCAUUCGUAAUAAACUCCACUUCCCCAUGGACAUUCACACCUUGCACCCCCAGCGCCAGCCUGCAGGCAAAAACCGCUGUGGGGAAAACAACGGAGGCUGCACCCACCUGUGUCUGCCCAGUGGCCAGAACUACACGUGUGCCUGCCCCACUGGCUUCCGCAAGAUCAGCAGCCACGCCUGUGCCCAGAGUCUUGACAAGUUCCUGCUUUUUGCCCGAAGGAUGGACAUCCGUCGGAUCAGCUUCGACACAGAGGACCUGUCCGAUGAUGUCAUCCCACUGGCUGACGUGCGCAGUGCUGUGGCCCUUGACUGGGACUCCCGGGAUGACCACGUAUACUGGACAGACGUCAGCACUGAUACCAUCAGCAGGGCCAAGUGGGAUGGAACAGGACAGGAGGUGGUGGUGGAUACCAGUCUGGAGAGCCCUGCUGGCCUGGCCAUUGAUUGGGUCACCAAUAAGCUGUACUGGACAGAUGCAGGUACAGACCGGAUUGAAGUGGCCAACACAGAUGGCAGCAUGAGGACAGUACUCAUCUGGGAAAAUCUUGAUCGUCCUCGGGACAUUGUGGUGGAACCCACGGACGGGUACAUGUAUUGGACAGACUGGGGUGCAAGCCCUAAGAUUGAACGAGCUGGAAUGGAUGCCUCGGGCCGCCAGGUCAUCAUCUCUACGAAUCUGACGUGGCCUAAUGGAUUGGCCAUUGACUAUGAGUCUCAGCGUCUGUACUGGGCUGAUGCUGGCAUGAAGACCAUUGAAUAUUCUGGACUAGAUGGCAGCAAGAGGAAGGUGCUGAUCGGGAGCCAGCUCCCCCACCCAUUUGGGCUGACCCUCUACGGAGAGCGCAUCUAUUGGACAGACUGGGAGACCAAGAGCAUACAAAGUGCUGACCGACGGACAGGGCUGGACAGGGAGACUCUGCAAGAGAACUUAGAGAACCUGAUGGACAUCCACGUCUUCCAUCGCCGGCGGCCCCCAGUGUCUACACUUUGUGCUGUGGAGAAUGGCGGCUGUAGUCACCUGUGUCUUCGGUCUCCAAAUCCAAGUGGCUUUAGCUGCACCUGUCCCACAGGCAUCAACCUGCUUCCUGAUGGCAAGACCUGCUCACCAGGCAUGAACAGUUUCCUCAUCUUCGCCAGGAGGAUAGACAUACGCAUGGUCUCCCUGGACAUCCCUUAUUUUGCGGAUGUGGUCGUCCCCAUCAAUGUUACCAUGAAGAACACCAUUGCCAUUGGAGUGGACCCCCAAGAAGGAAAAGUGUACUGGUCUGACAGCACGCUGCACCGGAUCAGCCGUGCCAGUCUAGAUGGCUCACAGCACGAGGACAUCAUCACCACAGGGCUCCAGACCACAGAUGGGCUCGCCGUGGAUGCCAUUGGCCAGAAGGUGUAUUGGACAGACACAGGAACAAACCGCAUUGAAGUGGGCAACCUGGACGGGUCCAUGCGGAAAGUGUUGGUGUGGCAGAACCUCGACAGUCCCAGGGCCAUUGUAUUAUAUCAUGAGAUGGGGUUCAUGUACUGGACUGACUGGGGGGAGAAUGCCAAGUUGGAACGGUCUGGGAUGGAUGGCUCAGACCGCACCGUGCUCAUCAACAACAACCUAGGGUGGCCCAAUGGACUGACGGUGGACAAGGCCAGUUCCCAACUGCUAUGGGCUGAUGCUCACACCGAGCGAAUCGAGGCUGCUGACCUGAAUGGUGCCAAUCGGCACACAUUGGUAUCACCAGUGCAGCACCCAUAUGGCCUGACCCUGCUUGACUCCUACAUCUACUGGACGGACUGGCAGACCCGCAGCAUCCAUCGUGCUGACAAGGGCACCGGCAGCAAUGCCAUCCUGGUGAGGUCCAACCUGCCAGGCCUCAUGGACAUCCAAGCUGUGGAUCGGGCCCAGGCACUGGGUUUUAACAAGUGCGGCUCGAGAAACGGCGGCUGCUCCCACCUCUGCUUGCCUCGGCCUGCUGGCUUCUCCUGUGCCUGCCCCACGGGCAUCCUGCUGAAGGGAGACGGGAAGUCCUGCGACCCCUCCCCCGAGACGUACCUGCUCUUCUCCAGCCGUGGCUCCAUCCGCCGCAUCUCCCUGGACACGAGCGACCACACCGACGUGCACGUCCCUGUGCCUGAGCUUAACAAUGUCAUCUCCCUGGACUACGACAGCGUGGAUGGAAAGGUCUAUUACACAGAUGUGUUCCUGGAUGUCAUCAGGCGAGCCGACCUGAAUGGCAGCAACAUGGAGACUGUGAUCGGGCGUGGGCUGAAGACCACGGAUGGAUUGGCAGUGGACUGGGUGGCCAGGAACCUGUAUUGGACAGACACCGGUCGAAAUACCAUUGAGGCCUCAAGGCUAGAUGGGUCCUGCCGCAAAGUGCUGAUCAACAACAGCCUGGAUGAGCCCCGGGCCAUUGCCGUCUUCCCCAGGAAGGGGUUCCUCUUCUGGACAGACUGGGGACACAUCGCCAAGAUUGAACGGGCACAUUUGGAUGGCUCUGAGCGCAAGGUCCUCAUCAACACAGACCUGGGGUGGCCCAACGGCCUGACCCUGGACUAUGACACCCGCAGGAUCUACUGGGUAGAUGCACAUCUGGACCGGAUUGAGAGCGCUGACCUUAAUGGGAAGCUGCGGCAGGUCUUGGUCAGCCAUGUGUCCCACCCCUUUGCCCUCACACAGCAGGACAGGUGGAUCUACUGGACAGACUGGCAGACCAAGUCCAUCCAGCGCGUUGACAAGUACUCCGGCCGCAACAAGGAGACAGUGCUGGCCAAUGUGGAAGGACUCAUGGACAUCAUUGUAGUUUCUCCUCAGCGCCAGAUGGGAACCAAUGCCUGUGGGGUGAACAAUGGUGGCUGCACCCACCUUUGCUUUGCCAGAGCCUCAGACUUUGUGUGUGCCUGUCCCGAUGAGCCUGACGGCCGGCCAUGCUCCCUUGUUCCCGACCUGGUGCCUCCAGCCCCUCGAGCCAGUGAAAAGAGCCCGGUGCUACCCAACACAAUACCUCCCACCUUGCGUGCUGCCACUUCCCGGACCCACACAUCUCUGGAGGAGGCUGAAGGAAGAUGCUCAGAACGGGAUGCCCAGCAGGGUCUCUGUGCACAUUCCAAUGAGGCCGUACCUGCUGUUCCAGGGGAAGGGCUUCAUGUCAGCUAUGCCAUCGGGGGACUGCUCAGUGUUCUGCUGAUUUUGGUGGUGAUUGCAGCAUUGAUGCUAUACAGACACAAAAAAUCCAAGUUCACUGAUCCUGCGAUGGGGAACCUGACCUACAGCAACCCCUCCUACCGAACUUCUACUCAGGAAGUGAAAAUUGAAGCAAUCCCAAAGCCGGCCAUGUACAAUCAACUGUGCUAUAAGAAAGAGGGAGGGCCCGACCAUAGCUACACCAAGGAGAAGAUCAAGAUCGUAGAAGGCAUCUGUCUCCUGGCUGGGGACGAUGCUGAGUGGGAUGACCUCAAGCAGCUGCGCAGCUCCCGGGGGGGCCUGCUCCGGGACCAUGUGUGCAUGAAGACAGACACGGUGUCCAUCCAGGCCAGCUCUGGCUCUCUGGAUGACACAGAGACGGAGCAGCUGUUGCAGGGAGAGCAGUCAGAGUGCAGCAGUGUCCACACUGCAGCCACUCCGGAAAGACGGGGCUCUCUGCCGGACACGGGCUGGAAACAUGAACGCAAGCUCUCCUCAGAGAGCCAGGUCUAAGUGCCCAUGCGCUCCCCUCUGCCUGCCUGUCCCUUCUCCUGUAUGAACUUGCAGUCCUUGUGUUCACUUGUACAGCAGGCUCCCCUUCCUGUAUGCGCCUCCUCUUCCCACCCCGGAAAUGCUCUCAACUUUCCCCCCAGGGAGGUGUUCACCACCUAAGUCCAUCACUCUCUGGGCACAAGAAAAGAUGGUGCAUCUUAAGAUGUAGACCUGGAUUUUGCCAUGAGCCUCACCUCCUUGCACUCUGCCCU